AAAAAAGGUAUUUACACCAGAACAAUAUAAGUACUCAAAGUCUCGCCGUUGUAGUUAUACCAUCAUUCCAAAGCUAGAACAAGCGGCCAAUCAAAAUACCUGGUUUAUAGAGUAAAAAUAAUUAACUAAACCCAGAUUAUACUGAAGAUUACGGCUAAUUUGGGUUUUGUUAAAUAUGUGUACCUUGCCGUAACCAAGCGCCGUUGACCAGCAGCACUUAUCUUUUAUACACAGGAUUCCCACCCCAUGCCGCAAGGAGUAUGACCGUAUCGGCGCAACUCUUGGUUGCGCGCCUAGCAUUUCUUAGACUCUAGCUUAAGGGUCUCUUCAACACAACUCUCAAGACUAUCCAUUUUGUCAUUAGCUAUCUUCUACACCAUCUAAUUAAUAUACCCGCAUUCUACGCUGUGACCUUCCCCCACAUAGACCAGUAACAUAAACAGCAAUGGAAAUCGAUAGAUCAACCCUACUCUUCAUCAUACUCUUCUUCAUCUUUAUGAUGCCCAAUGAAAACGGAGACCCUCCCACCGCCGAAGAAAAGCACCAUCUACAAACAUACAGACAAGAGGAGCUCGCAGCUCGAUACACGUUGGGGAACUCCACCUACGCCUCGGGGUACGGAAACUUAACGGGGUUCAGGCUCACGUACAAUGAUGUUCGCCACCACCGCAACAUCUCAGACUGGCCGUUUGACACUGCCAAGGAGGAUAAACCGGAUGGCGAGAAGUACCAUGAAGACGAAAAGUGGUCCAUCUUACCCAAUGAGGUCAGCACUAGAGCCAGAGCCGUGUGGACAAAGUUCGAGGGCGACGGGGUGUACGACUGGGAAAGCGGCGAUAAGGUGGCGGACAAGACAUACCUCUUCAAUUUGACAGGAUCACUCAAGGGAUCCUUCACUAAGUACAAUGAAACGUCAUUGUUGGAGGUUCCAAUGCCCCUUCCAGAAUACCUCGUCUCCAACCUUUCUCGGGAGCCAGACUACAUCUUUGAUCCCGAAAAUCCACAGAACCAUCGUGAAAACCUCGGGGGAGCUGGUAAGGAGGACAGUUGGAGAAUACGUCAGGACUACAGACCGGGAAACGUUUCUGACGCUACGGGUGAAGUCUCCUUUAGCAUCCUUAAUGAGGAAACCCCAAAGGAAAUCAGGGAGAUUGCCCAGGACGCCACCUACACUACCCUUACUUUCCACAUCCAGGAUGUUGACGAAUACCACAAGCAUGAUAUUGUUGCCUCGGGGGUUUACUUCCAAGAAACCGGAAAUAUGAUCGCCGUGACCAACUCUGCGAAGUUCUGGGCCGACUACGCUUUCCCCCACUUAGCCUUUAACAAACACUACUUUAGAAAAGCCAGGGAAAUCAUGAUGCACCGUUUCAAUUCCACUAACGCCCGUGUGCUCGACACGAAAUCCAUGAAUGCGAAUAUCGAAGCUGCUGAGAAGUGCGAGUACAUCGCGUACCUCCAUUUCAAACCAGCCAAUCUCACCGCUCAACAAUUGCAAGACAUUGACGAAGAGUUUGUGAGACCGGUGGGGAGACCUGUUCCUGCGAUGCCUGCAAUGGAAAUCUCCCAGGGGGUCCUAUAUUCCCCAGACUGUGGGAUUGUGUUGACCAUUGACGAAUCCAACCUCGUUUCAGGGAUGCGCAAGCCAGUACGUAUCUGUUCCAUUAGAAGAUUGUUGCUCGCAGGGAUCGUGAUUUUAAUGGGCCAGUUAUACCUUUCGAUCCGCCAGAUGAACCACACCAACACCCCCUCGACCAUGUCGCGCUUGUCCUUCUGGACCGUGGGUAUCAUGAACUUGAUCGAUGGCUCCUUGGCCAUGUUAUAUCUCCUUUCGUCAGCCAUGAUCGAGGAAUUGUACCUACCAUUGGUCGUCAGCGCAUUCAUCUCCUUUGCCUUGGCUAGCAUUUUUGAGUUGCGUUACAUGAUCUUGAUCUACAUGACUCAGGUCAACGAGCGGUCAAUUGACAUCAGAACCGCCCUUAGAGGACGAACCGUGGAUGCCCCAGUGGGCACCGCGACUGGAGAAACAGAAACUUUGCUUCCAACCGUCAACCCUCCGGUGCAGCAACAGCCAGUCACACCAGUCAUGCCGGCUGAUGAAACUGCUGUCACCGGAAUCGUCUAUUCUCGGUUCUUCUUUACCCUCAUUGCCUUCUCGUUCCUCAUAUUGAAUGCCUUCUUAUGGAGACGUCCGAUCAGAUACAGCUUUGAGUUCAUCGUGGUGGUGUGUCUCAGCUCCUAUUGGCUCCCUCAGGUGUACCGGAACAUUAUUCGCGGCUCGCGCCGUUCCUUCGCCUGGGAAUUUAUCCUUGGGAGCAGCAUGUUGCGUCUCUUACCCGUUUACUACCUUACCUUAUACAAGGGCAACCCCUUCGGCCACCAUUACGCCCCGAAGCUCGCGGCCACCGUCACCGUCUGGCUCUUGGUCCAGUUGGGAUUGCUUUACUCUCAGGAGAUUUUGGGAGCCAGGUUCUUCCUUCCGGAUAGUUUAUUGCCUAAGGCAUAUGAGUACCACCCGAUCCUAUGUAUGUCCGACUUGGAAAACCAUUCCUUGAUCGGCGAGAUGACUGUGGCGUCCGAUGGCGAGUCGGCGGUGUGCGAUUGCGCGGUCUGUAUGUCUGAGGUUGUAGUACCAAUCAAGAGCGACAGAAACCCUGACGUGGGGAAUAUCGCUAGAACGAAGUACAUGGUGACUCCGUGUCGCCACGUUUUCCACACCGACUGUCUCGAGGGCUGGAUGAAGUACAAGCUUCAAUGUCCUGUUUGCAGAAACGGCUUGCCUCCGUUAUAGACUCGUAACAUAUCGAAUAAAGCAAUAUAAGUAUGUCGUAAAUCAGAGUCUGUAUCUUUUAU